CAGCUGCUGAUCGGAUACGGAAGCAGUUCGUCGUUGGCUUCUCUGAACCCGGGUUUUCGCAUCGAGUGAGUGUGUGUGUAUAUUUUGUGUGGUGGCCACAAGCAAAACCACUUGAUAGUGGUCAACUUUUUUCUUUGCUUCUUGUGAGGAACAGAGCGCGCCCGUUUAACUGAACUUUGCUCCUUUUAACCGCCAUGUGAAGGAAGAAGGAAGAAGAAGAUUUUAAGGCUCCGUAGAGUUUUCCGCCUUUUUACGCUUGGGGACCGGAAACCGGAAACGUUAUCAGGAAUGGUGAAUGGCUGAUGGGAGUUUCUCUUUGUCGAAGGAUUCAUUCAUGUAGGGGCAGGGUGUGAAUGUGUCCACAUACAUAUGACCUUAUGGGGUCGUCAACGAAAUUGGGUCAAUGCGUCGAAUAGUGCGUGAGAUGGGCCAAAUCGGUUAGGGGGCAACUAGUUAAUUGUUUAUUCGUGACCUGUGGGAGGGUGUAUGUGGAAGUUUUUAUGCUACGAUGCAUAUUGGAUUUGGCAAAUCAAAGUAGGCCCCCACUGAGUUAAGUUUCGGGUCAGUGAAAAUCUCCAUAGAAGGCUGUGCUCUGUGAAUGGGGUUUCAAUUUUUUUUGUUGACCCAACAGCGCCUACUACAUAUCGAUUUGAAUAUCAUCAGUGAGUGCUUUGGAUAGUGGCAUCGAAAAAUAGAACAACAACCGAUAAAGGCUUGUAAAGCGAAAGUGAUGUGUCUGGCUAUACACGAGACAACAGAAGCAAAAAUGUAAAUCGAGGUACAUACAUACGCGAACGAUUGCUGCCGCCUGCCAGGGGAAAGGAUUACAACUAAUCGCAUUUAUGCAUUCGUCGUGUAUUCCUCCAUUUUCGUUCGCAGGAAGCGCCAAUGUUUACACACAAAUCGAAAUUGUGUGUGUGUAUGUGUGAUUGUUGUUUGUGUGCACAAACGGGGUUGAUGAGGUGCAUGUGAUGCAGGUACACGUCCGAUAAGAGGAUCGCCUUUGCUUUUUGGCAUCUUGGUGGGUGGAGGUGUUCUUGAAGCACGUGUUCCGGACAUAACAAGAGAGUUCGCUUCAUAUCCGGACUACAUUAUCGGUUUUCUACGUCUUGGAAAUUCAGCCCUAAGGAGAACGAAGCACAUGUCCCCAUCAUCAUCAAUCAUGCAAACGUGCUGCUGAAAGUUUCAUCCCGUCGUCAUCGUCGUCGAGUGACUGGACGAUGGAUCAGAAGAAGUAGGAGUACUCCCGAAGGGAGUUGUUCUCAGUCUAAAGUUGGUCCAAGGUCAAAAAUUUGACGAAGAUUAAGCCGCUACCCUCGUCUUCUAGCUAAGCUCCUUAAUGGAUCUAAAACUUUCACCUUUCACGUCGUCGUUUUCGGAUGGGAAAUAAUAACAUUUUCGACAAGUGAAACUAGAAAAGGUGGAACGGGAAUUUUGUGGUGCUGGCCGUUGAAUACAAAUAGCCGAAUCUAGGGCACGUGACUGGGAUGUAUUGUUGUGGUUCUGGUUGAUGCUUUUUGAUGAUCUUCCCAAAUGAAGUGGGGAAUCCUGAUGACAAAGACAGAAAUAGGAAGCCAAGAGUCGUAAUUGUUUUCUAUUAAUUUUGGAUGUGUAUGCAGGAGGAGUCCAUUUGCAAAAAGAAGACAACUUUCCGAGCUAACUUGGAGCUGAAUUCUUCAGGUGGCUCCAGUUGUAGGCCGGCUUUUUGAGCAAGUCUGUGAAGAAAUGUUCUAAGUUUAGACAGACCAUACAGAAAGUGAGAUGGGGAACUCGGCAAAAAGACUGGUCUGGGUCUGGUGCUGUUGGGAUGAAUAAUUAAUUAUCAAUAGUGCACAUCCACCGGUAUUCGGUUCCAGAAGUGAUUCGACGACGUCGACGUCGUCCCAAGUGAUAUUCAAACAAAAGCUGGGAAAAUACAUACACACAUGUGUGAGUGUCCUUUGCAGGAAAUAUAAGCCUUUCGGAAGGCGCCAUCACCAUUUUACAACCAUCAUCAUCAUCAUCGAAAGGCGACACUAAAAUUGGAUCGUAGGGUGUUGGCUCCAACUAAAAGUGUUCCCCAGGCCUCAGGGAUCCUGGGAAGUGUCCUGCUGCUGUUGCUGCCUGCAUUUAUGUAGAAAAAAAGAGAGUGUCGUGCUGUUUCGAAAAGUUUUUCGGUCUCUACUUUUGUGUAUUGGGUGUAGUGUUGUUUUUGUUAUUGCUACCUUGAUGGUGUCCCAUCAAAUGGAAUUGAAUUUCACGACGACGACGACGCCGCAUUGAAAAAAAAUUAAAAGUAGAAGAAAAUCGGAAAAGGGAAAAAGCGAGUGCCAGAAGUGACCAAGGAAGAUCGGGGCAAGGCCGUCGCCACUACUGUAUUUUAAAACCUAUUUGAAAAGGUUUCCCAUCGGCGAGGGAGAAUUAGAUAUACAUAGGUACCGACAUACAUUCUCGAAAACCAACCAAACCCAGACAAACGAAAGAGGAAUAUUGGAAUUAUGACGAGUUGCAAUCGUCAACGACGACGAUGGCUGUGUAAAUAGCCGAUGGAAUUAACAACGCCAAAUUUCUGAGAAGAGUAGGCUAGGCGCCAUUCCUCCAAAAGUUGGUGCCGGAGUUGGCUAAAAAAGGCUGGAAAAUGAUGUUACUAUAACCAAAACACUGCGUCGAGACUCAAACUCAGUACUGCCAUCUGUCGACAAGGAAAACGACGACGACGUCUGGCAACAGCAAUAACUUCCCGAAGCGUCGAGCCGCGCUGGGUCCGGGUAUCAUCAUGACCAUCAUGGAUGGGAGUGCCGGUGCCGGGACUGGAAAAUUGGAUAUGACAACCGGAGCGACGACGGCUGCGACUUCCGCUGUUUCGGCGAAUCAGCUAAAUUUGACACCGGAACAGCAGCAACACUUUGCUCAUCAUCAUCAUCAGCAUCAGCAGCAGCAGCAGUAUCAACAACACCAUCAACCAUAUCAUCACCACAGCCAACAGCAGUCGUCGCACCACGGACGCCUGGGUGGGAUCAGCAGCACCAUCGCCGGAAGCACCGGCGGAGGACGCUUCGGGGCAACCAGUGCCAAUGGGAGCCCCUCGACGUCCGGAAGCACGGUAGCGGGAGCUGGAGCAGGAGCUGGAGGUGCUGGUGGUGCGGGACAGUUUCCGGCCUCCUUUCCCGACAGCUUCAAGGACUUUUUCGCGAUGCUCAACGAGGAGGAUGACCACGUGGAUGUGUACUCGAACAUUUUGGAGGAUAAGGAUAUCCCCCGCAGCACCAAGUGUCGCUACAAUCGCUCCUCGGCUUCUGCCGUCGACCGGAAUAGCUCCAUGGGCUCGGUCUACGUUGCUGCCGGAUCCGGAAGCACAACCGGAGUUCCUACCCUGUCUACUACCUCACCGUCACCGUCGUCUCCUUAUGGUGGCAGUCAACAUCACGAUCAACAACAACAACAGCAGCAAAGAUCCCACGGAACACUUGGGGGCCUUGGGCCGGCUACAAUUCCGAACAGCAACUUCAACUUCGGUCGAUCCAGCUCGUUCCGGAUGUACCGGCACAAGCAACAUCCGACUGGCUAUCAGGAUCACCAUUCGCUGUUCCACCAUCCGACGAACAAUAUGGCGGCCGCCGCCAAUCAGCAAAUUCUGAUCAACAACAUCCGGAAUCAGUUGGGGGGCUCGGGGUUGUCGCUGUCGUCUUCCAGUGGCGGUGGAGGCGGGGGUUGUGGUGAAAGUGACACUGGGGAAGACAGAACCAUGAAGAAUCUAAGUUUGCUCAAGAGUGCAAUAGUGGACCGGUCGCCUUCGUCCUCUGCUUUGGUAGGGAUCGCAGGAGGCGGUGGUGGUCUAACAGUGACGGGCAGCUUUAAUCGAUCCAAGUCGAAUACGAAAAUCGAUGAUCGAUCGCCUACUUCGUUCGAGAUGAAAAGUUUCGAACUGGGUGGAUCCGGCAAUGGGAAUGCUUCCAGAAGUUACAAAAUCAGUGAAAACAGCGACGAGGUCGAGGAGGACACGUUAAUAGCAUCGAGUGCGAGCAAUAAAAAUCUUUCCUCCAAGAUGACGAAAACAACCACUUCCUAUUGCUUCAUGAGGCACCAUCAGCAGCAGCAACAGCAACAACAACAGCAAACUUCCGCCAGUAGCAACAGCAACAAACUUCAUCUGCACCGGAACAGCUCCCUGAGAGUGCAUCGAUCGACGGGUGGUUCGAUUUCUCCCUCGGCAUCCAUCAUGUCCGUCGUUUAUGGACAGCAACAGCAGCAACAACAACAGCAAUCGCAACAACAACAACAACCACAACAGGGAGGAGCAACUCUUGGAGGUUCCUGUGCUUCCUUUAACAAUAAUCCGGCGAACUGUCCCACCGGAAAUUGUCUCCAGCUGGUGAGCUGCUGCUGCAACAAUAAGGAGCUUCUGAAGCAUCAGAAAUCGCCGGUAUUCAACCGACGCCGUUCUUCGUCGAUCAGUGUGGCCCGGCCCACGCCGGAUCUGUACCGGUUUCUGAAAGCGGAAGCACCUCCACAGCAGCUGCAGCCACUGUCCCCCGGGGCCCGGUUCGAACAACGCGACGUUAAAUUCCCACCGCUGACGGCCGGCGCCAAGGGGAGUGUUCUCGCAUCAUCAACCUCGACGAUGUCAACCCUGGUGGAAAGUGUCAGUGGUGUCAGCACCAGCACCACAACCGGGCCUGGUCCUGGGCUCGGGGGAUGUGAGGGCGGCGAUCCAAUGAUGAGUGGGGGUGGUGGCCCCGGUUCCGUGUCCACUCCAGACACCCUGACGACAACCGAUGGAAGUUCCACCAUUCAUCAGCACCAGCUCAACUUCAAUCUUGGCACAAACAUCGACGGCACCAGCACCGGGAUGAUGCUGGGUCCCGGCAAUCUAUCAUCGUCGCCAUCCUCGUCCCGGCUGAAAUCGACCGAUGGGUCCGGCGGAUCGUCAUCGAUGCAGCAACAGGCCUCCGGUGGCAAAUCUGGCCGGUAUCAGAACGAUCAGGAAAACGAUGGCAACUUUAGCAACCAACAGCAACGGCAUCAUCAUCCGGUGGCGGCCCAUCGAACUGUCAGCAUUUCGACGACGGCCAUUGUUUGUGGGGGUGGAGGACGCGAUGGCACCCGGACUCCUGCCCCGGAUCGACAAGGUUCCGGCGGUGGCGGAGGACCGGCCGAUUUCCGCCAACGCACGAGAACCUCCAGCAUGCCGGUCGAGAACAGGAAGCCCCGUCUGGCUGAACUCCGCCGGUCCGCAAUCCACGGAGCGGAUGUGGACAUGGAGUACUACCGGUUGCGCAGCUUCAGCAUCACAUCGCACGGCAUCUGCAACCUGGGCGACUCCAUGAGGAGUCGCCGGUCCCGGUCCAUUAAUUCAGUCACGUCGGCAGGCUCCGGGAAAGAUCGCAAAGGAAGCACCGGUUCUCAGCAGCAGCAGCAGCAACAGGAUGGCGGCCUGAUGGACACCCAAACGAGUGGAGACCCAAACGGAGGAGAUGGGAGCGGCGUCAAUCAAUCGGAGCAGGAUAAAAAAGAAGCCAACGCCUACAAGGUGGCCAUGCUGGGAGCCUCUGGGGUUGGGAAGACGGCCCUCACCUAUCAGUUCACCACCUCCGAGUACAUCUGUGCGUACGAUUUAAGCUUAGAUGACGACUACGGCCAGAAGACGGUUUCAGUGCUGCUGGACGGCCAGGAAACCGAUCUGGAAAUCAUCGAUCAUCCGGCCUGCGAGAUGUCGGAGGAAGCCUUCUGCGCGACGUACCACAUCGACAUCUUUGUGGUGGUGUACUCGGUUGUGGACCGAGGAUCGUUUAAAAAGGCCGAGAAGAUUCUCCAUUUUUUGCGGGAUUCUGAAAUGCUACUUACGCGAGGAGUUAUUCUGGUCGGGAACAAAACGGACCUGGAGCGGCAACGAGAGGUUUCGAUGCAAACGGCUAGGCGAGUGGCCAAAGAAAUCGGUGCCAAGUUUAUCGAAACUUCCAGCGGGAUGGACUACAACGUGGAUGAACUGUUGGUGGGAAUCGUGGCUCAGGUGAAGCUGAAUCCGGAACGACUGAAUCGGUUGACCGAUAAGCAGCGGCACAGUAUUGCUAGCUUGAUUAUGCCUCCGACGGUGAAGUCUCCUAUCAAAGGGCGUAAGAUGGCGAUGUCCAUGCGGGAGUUGACUGGGACGGAUGCUACUAGUAGAAUAAGAAGGAUCGCUCGAAGAGGCAGUAUUGGGAAAUUCGGUUCCGAGGAAGACGAUGAUUACGAACUGGGAGAUAAGAGGUUGCGAAGGAGGAAUCGGGAUUUUCUAGGAGAUGAUGAUGACGAAGACGUGGAAAGCGACGACGAGCGAUCGACGGACAACGAAACGAAUUUGCUGAGGAGGAAAAGGUUCGAUCUUCCCUCGCGAUCGGCCCUUAACCUUAACGGAGGGAACAAUAGAGGCUAUCCGAAGCGUUUAUCCUACGACGAAGAGAUGCAACAGGAUCAGGCCGAUCAACAGCAACAACAGAAGAAGCAGCACGAUCAACCAGUACGAGGAUCACCUCAACCAAGCAUGAAACGAUUCAACUUCCACGAGGACAAAUCCUGCUCGGCCGGAAGCUCGAAUGCGGCUAACAAGUUUGCCAACCGUACCAAACUGCUCCUAACCUCGUUCCUCAAGUUCAAACGCAAUCUACGCGUCAAACGGCGCAGCACCGGCAGCUGUAGUGAUCUUUUUGUGAUCUGAAGCGUUACUUCGGUGUGUAAGAACUCUGUAGUCGUAUAAAACCACAAUAACCUGUAUAAAACCCACAUCCGGUGUUGUUAAGCGUGUACAUUUCAAUUCACUGCACGUGAAUAUGAUUACUUCUGGUCGUUGCACCUUCAAUACGUGUAAAAUCAUGUGUGAAACGUCAAACUUUAGUAAGAAACAAACUACCAUGUGAUAGUGUUAAUCCAAACACACAAUAGAGAAGGAAGCGUUACGAAAUCUAUAGGCAUUAAAUCAAAAACCAACCAAAAAUAAUAACAAAAAUCAUGGGAUCAAAGCAAGCGGUUUUCAACAGUCAGUAGCCAGUUGGUAGUUGAGAGAAGAAAAGAAUACAAUGUAGAGCAAAAUUUGUAUAAACAAGAAAGGGAAAAAAACUAAUCAAAGUUGGCUAGCAGUUCUGCCAAGGGGUAAUGUUAAAUUUGUUACAACGAAACAGAACAAAAUCAAAAUAUUAGUGAAAAAAUUUCGAUCAGGUUUAAAAAAAUCAACAUCAACUUGUCAGUUUUGCAGUUUUUUUUUCCAUUCUGGCACUACAGUUGGAGUAGUGAUCGAAUCCUUUGUAAAGUUGGCUACAAUGUUAUUUUUUUUCCCUUAAACAAAAAAUACGGAAUCAAAAUGUAUCAAUUGAAGAAGUUUUCCUAUAAUGUCGUUAAUAGAUAGGCCCCGACAAAUUGUCACGAAACGUGACAAAUUUUCCACUCAAUGGGGUGGAAUAAUUUGUUAAUACUAAUUUGAAAAAAAUAAAAAUAAAAAAAAGUAGCUGACAGCUACCAAUGUUUUCGAUGUUUUGAUGGACAACUUUUAAUGUUACUGGUCUCAAUCGAAGAAGAAAACCAAUUGAAAAAAAAACGAAAAAUGUGAGUUGCAGAAGUUUUAAAAAGAUUUUUUGAAAACGCGAUCAAACUAAACCAAUCAAAACAAAAAGAAACGAACGCCAUGUAUUAGUGAGAAGCAAACAUUUAAAAAAAAUCUAAAACCCUAAAGUAAAUAAAGUAAAUUGACGUUUGCCAAUUGAGAAAACUGUUUGUCUGUUGCUUUAUCGGAAGUCGAUGGAUAAAUAAACAAAAGAUAAACUGUGAAAAUAAUAAGAAGUAACGAGAAGCACAUUGUGAGAGUUACAUCAAAAGAAUGAAGAAGAAAAACAAUAACAUAUUUACAUGGUUUUACUGUGAAUGCAUUGUUCUCUAUAUGAUUUGUGUACAGUUUGAAUGUUUGGCAACACUUGUUUUUUGCGAAAUAUUAACAACAGCAAAAAAAUAGCCUCCUAUCUGUUUAUGUCUCAGCAGUUUAACUCUGAUUGGGUUAGUGUGUCAAAAGCAAUUUUACGGAAGCCCUAUUUGUUCUAGCUAUUAUUGUUUGUAAUUUUGCUAUUAAAGUUGGAAGACCAAAUUUCCGAAGAAUAAAAUAAUCUGGAAUUGAUUAAACCGUUACCGUCUUCCAUCGAACAAAACUAAGAAGAAGGAAAGUGUUGAAAAAACAACAACAAUUCGAUACGAAUCUAUCGUUAGCGUCACUGUUCUUCGAAAGUUUUACCAUACUGAUCACAUAUCCCCGAGAGAAAACAGAAACCACAAUUCGCACAUAUGCAUAUCUAUUUACUUAUAAUCGAAAAAGACAGUUGAAAAUACCCGAUCAAAAUUGUUUACAAAUUUUGUUGUUUCCCUAAAAUUUAAAAGAAAGAAAAAAAACUCGGAUAGUGUGUUCCGACCUAUAAUCCAUCUACAACUAAUUCUAAUACAUUUAUAAGCCAGAAUUGAGCCAAGCAUUAAACCCAAAUGAGACAAAGGAGAGAAGAAAAACAGAAAAAAAAACCCAAAACGGAACGGAACGGAAUCACGCCCAUAGAAAACCUCCUCU